GGAUGUGCGUACGGUAGUGAAGGGAGCAGCAGAGGGCGGGCCGAAUGACAACACAGCUGGGCGUCCCGUGACGGAUUUAAGAGACCUGAGUUCAUGGCAGCCAGUGACGAAGUAGGGAAGCUGCAGCAGCACCUGUCCCUACUACGUGAGCAGUAUGUUCGCCUACAGGAGCGCUACACCACCUUGGAGCAGCAGCAUGCCAUCGCCACUGCUGGCUGCCAGAGUCCUGAGGGAGAGGACUCCUUCGUGACCCGACUCCUUCGCUUUGUGGCAAACCUUUAUGACAAGGAAAAAUACAGCGACAUGAUUGUCCGCCUGAGCAGCCGAGACAUUCGGGCACACCGCUUUGUGUUGGCAGCUCGCAGUGAUAACUGGGGUGUGUCAACCCUGGCGGAGGUGGACAGUCUGGACUGGACAGGACUGGAGGAGGAGGUGGGAGAGGCUGUGCUGCAAUGGGUCUACACAGAUCAAGUCAGCCUUCUCAAGGACCACACCUUCACCCUUAACCUCAUGAGGGCAGCUGCAUCUUUCUCUCUCCUCCCACUCAUGAAGAGGUGUGAGAAGGCCCUGAUGGGGUGGGUGACGGUAAGGAACUGUGUCCGCCUCUACACAACAGCAGAGGAGAUUGGGGCUCAGACACUGAGAGACCACUGCUCCACACUCAUCUCAACACAUUGGAAUGACUUCACCCCAGAGGACUUCUCUCACAUGACAGCACCACUCCUGUACACCAUGUUCAAAUCUAAAACCAGUCACCCCUUGCACGCUGCCAUCAGGCUGCAGCGUGAGGAUGUGGUCUUCCUGUACCUCAUUGAGUAUGAUGCCCAGCUUCCAGCAGUGCUGGAUGAGGCAGACAGUUCGGGGGACAUGGCACUGGACUUGGCAUUGAUGGGGAGGCAACACAGCAUUGCUGACACCCUCCUGAAGCACGGUGCCUCAGUGACCACCACAGACCCCACUGGCGCCUCCCUCCUCCACCGGGCUGUGAGAAGGGGCGAUGAGUAUGCAGCUUCCUUCUUGAUGAGUCACGGGUGCUCGGUGAACGUGGCCACACCGAGAGACGGCUCCACCCCACUGCACACCCUUGCCAGCCAGGAGUACGAGGACCCCCAGGUGCGGCAGGACAUGGUCAGGGUGGCUCAGAUGAUGAUUGAGAAGGGCGCCGACCCAAACAUCCAGGACAAGAACAUGAAAACUGUGAUGCAUCUGGUGGUGGAAGGGGACAGGGAGGAGAUCUUCAGGGUCCUCAUCGAGCACGACAACCUUCGCCUUGAGCUGCAGGACAAGACAGGCUUCCCCCCACUGUGGCACGCCCUCGCCUCCAGCACAGACAUCAGUGACAACUCCUACGCCUCAAUGCUCAUCAAGAAGGGAGCCUCACCUGACGCUAUCAGUGGAGACUCUUUUAGCAAGAAAAAUAUGAAGGUGGUGAGGUCCAGCGGGGAGUCCCUGCUGCACCUGCUGGCAAGGGAGGGGCUGGAGGAGGCCGGGCUGUUCCUCACCACUCAGGGUGUCAACUGUAAUGUGGUGAAUGCUGAUGGUGAGACACCCCUCCAUGUGUCCUGCACUGUGGGUUUGCCCUCCCUCACCACUGCCCUGCUGCAGAUGGGAGCCAAUCCAAACUUCCAGACCUACUCCACCACACCCACAAAGGAUAAGCCAGCCAGCAAUGACCCCUUCGCUGAGGACACCAGCAACGGCAGCAACUCCCCGCAGAACACAAACACCUUCCGAGAGACAGCCCUCCACCGCGCCAUCAAGAACAAGAACGAGGCAGACAUCCGGGCAAUACUGGACCACAAAGAAUACUGUGAAAGCAACAAGGCUGACCUGCUGCUGACCCCUGACCUGAACUUGCGUGACUCUGACGACCUGACUCCACUGGGCGUUGCCUUGGGGACGGGUCAGAUCACAGUAGCCAAGCAUCUGCUGGAGGCUGGGGCAGACAUCAACACCACCAACAUGCAGGGCUACAGCCUCCUUCACCUGGCCAUCCAGGUCAAAAAUCCUGAAGUGGCCACCUUCCUCAUCAACAAUGGAGCUGAGACCAAUUUAAGGACUCGAGAAGGCCUCUCCCCGCUGGACCUCUGCAUUAGUGAAGGGUUCGGAGAGGUGGUGGGGCUGCUUUGCACUCACAACGCUGACAUCAAUGCCCACUCAGGCUCUGACCCACCACUCUGGAAGGCUCUCAGCUCCAACCAGGAGGACAUUGCUUCCAUUCUAGUCCAGCACCACGUGGACACUGACAACUGGGAUGAUGGUCCUGAGGAUUGCCAGCAGACACUGCUCCACAGGGCCAUUGAUGAGAACUGUGAGGAGAUAGCAGUGUUCCUCAUCCGGAGUGGCUGUGACGUGAAUGCAGUGAGGAGGCCGGGACCAGGAGGCUUAGGGGGCGAGGAGGCAAAGGACCUGAUGACCCCCCUCCACCUGUGCUGCUCCUGGGGCCUGGAGGACACCGUGCAGGCCCUAAUUGAACACGGAGCCAAAGUGAAUGCCAAGGAUGCUGAGAACAAGACACCCUUGCACCACGCCAUAGAGAACGCCCACACCAAUAUCAUCUCCCUGCUGCUCUCCCACCCCGCCCUGGACCUCACCAUCAGGGACAAGGCUGGGGUGACACCCUUCGCCGCUGCCAUGCUACGGAAGAAUAACAAAGCUGCCAAGGCCAUCCUCAACAGGGAGUCAAAGGCAGCUGAACAGUACGACCACAAGGGACACAACUUCCUACACCUGGCCAUCCAGAAGAAGGACAUGGAGAGCCUGCUGUUCCUGCUCAGCAUCAACGUUGACAUGCACACCCGCACCCAGGACCAGCACUCCCUCACUCCACUCCACCUGGCCACCACUCUGGCUGGGUCAGAGAUGAUUGUCCGCAACCUGCUGCUGGCAGGGCACGGGGCAAUCAAGGAGCUCACGCCACAGAAGCAGACGGUGCUCCACCUGGCAGCAGCACAUGACCAACCCCAGCUUGCCUCCAUCUACCUGGACAAUGGUGUGGAGGUGGAUGCUGUGGAUGACAACUUGAACAACGCCCUUCAUGUUGCUGUCAAGGAAGGCCAUUUGGGGGUGGUGAAGGUGCUGCUCACAGAGUCUAACAUUAAUGCUGGUGCUGUUAACCUGAGGGGCCAGAAUCCACUGCAUGUGUUGGCCAAUUACCCCAAGGACAAUGCUGCUGCCAUUGCUGAGGUCUUCCUGGAGGCCAUUCCAGAUUACGACCUCAACAGUGUGGAUGUGGAAGGGAACGCAGCCCUGUUGCUGGCAUACAUGCGUGGUGCCAGCCAGCUGUGUCGGGUGCUGGUGCGAGCUGGAGCCUGCCUCGGCACCACUAACAAGCAUGGAGUCAACAUAUUCAACUACCAGGUGCCCACCAAGACCUUGCUGUUCCGCCUGCUGGAUGUGCUGUCUGGUGAGCCACCAUGGUGUGAAGGGGAGCUGUGCAUGGAGUGUGGCACCAAGUUUGGCCUGGCAACACGGAAGCACCACUGCCGUCACUGUGGCAGGAUACUGUGCAACCGGUGCUCGGAUAAAGACGUUCCUAUCCUCAAGUUUUCUCUCAAUAAGCCGGUGAGAGUGUGUCAGACCUGCUUUGACGUUCUCACACUCGGGGCAGCGGCCAAUUCCUACUAGUGUUUUUAUUAAGUCAGGGUGGUGCAGUUUUUUUGCAGUUUUUUCUAUGCACGGGAUGUCGCCUGUACAUCUUUUGCCUUAGCGUCCAAACACUUGAGGCAUUUGCUGGUGGGCAGGGUUUUUUACUUCAUUUGUUUUCUUUUUUACAGUAAAGGUGUUUGAGUGAUUGCAGCUUCUGUCUUUGCAGACAUUCACUAAAGGUCUGAAUUUAGCAACACAAUGUAUUCCAAGGUUUGAGAAGUUUUAGUUGGGUUAUUUUAUGCAUCUUUAUGAUUGGAUCUGUAGUCUUGCAUAAUUGAUAUAAUUUAUAUAAUUACUGGAAGUACAAUACCUUGAGAAAACUCCUCAGUUUGUCCUCCAGUUUUAAGCUGAGUGAAUGGAACAGCCUGAGCCAAGAAACAAGUGAUCACCUGUGUUACAAGCUGUGAUAUAUGUCUAAGAUAAAGCUUUCUCCAUGCUAGGGAUCAAGCAACCACUACAACAAACACCCUCCCAACACCAAGGGCGGCUGACUCUUGUGACAGCUCUGUACAUAACCACCACCCUAAGCAGCGCGUUUUGUAGGUUUUGUAGCUAUGUCAAUCCUCCCGUGUGACUUUUAUGAAAGGUUUUAAGUCCGGUGUUGUAAAAAAAUAGUCUGAAGUGAUAAGGAGUAAUUAAUUUUGCCUCCAGUUUGUUGUUUAGUCCAAGGAUUAGUAAAAUGAUGUGUCACAGGUUUGCUUCCCAUGAAUUGUUCUUGUGUUAAGUGAUGUAAAGAUAAUAAUUGCAGUGAGGAGCAUAAGUAUUCACAGUCUUGUCUCCAGUUGACUGUGGACUUUUGUCGUCUAGUGCAGGGAAAUAACUAAUGUAGUGUCGCAGGUUUGCCUCCAGUGAACUGUUCUUGUGUUAGGUGAUGUAGUGUAAAGAUUGUAACUGGAUUGAGGAGUACGAGUAGUAGUUUUGUAGGUUUGCAUUGUUGUUUUGCAGUCAGUUCAUGAAACUUUAAGUUUUGUGGUAUAGAAUGCAGCAAUUGAAGAAAGAAGUUACACUGAUCCUGGAAAACACAAGAUAGAUAGGACUGGACUUAAUGAAGGUCACUGCCCCUAUGUGGCUGUAAGGCUGUAUCUUGUGCUUAUAAAGAAAAGUAGAUGGGUACAAAAUGAUAGUUCAUUACAGGAGAUCUUUUCUUGUAUGGAUGUCAUAUUUCAUUUUGUAUUUCUUCCUUACAGCUGAGUGAACAAAAAGCAUUGCAGAAUAGGACAGCAGAAUGCUUUAUUGUUGAUGGGGUAGUGUUGUCCUUGAAGAAUUGUAGUUUAACUGGGAUGAAAGCUUACAGUGAGGCCAGAAUUUAAGGUUUUCUUUAAGACAGGUACAUAGUGUUGGUAAGAUGCAAAUGUACUGAUGAAAGUGCUUGUUGUGUUUGCAGGUAAAAAAAAAAAAAAAACAUGUUGAGUGUUACAGGUGAAGCUGUAGAUCUGUCUCCAUUGUUCAGUGCAGUAAGGUAGUGGUGUUUUGGUUCUACAUGAAGCAAGGUGGUAUUGUGCCACUGAUGUUUGCACUCUGCUGGAAAAUUACAGAGAAGGAUUUUGUAUGACUUGGAAAGUUUUAAUGUUGUUUUUUGCAUCAAUGGAAGGCAGUCACCAGCUACACUAAGAUAUGCUAUAUAUAUUUUUAUUAAGAAAGAUGUGUUUUGAGUGUAAGGGAGCUGCCUUGAGCCACAGCUUCCACUUGCCUUGUGUAGCAGUGUGAAAAAAACAGAACAUUGUUGUGAGUAAGCAGUAAUAAAAAGCACAAGUAAUGUCAUUCUGGUUCCAAACAAAACCCACUUGAACAUUUUGUUCAUAGCUGUAAUUUGGACACUGCAUGGAAACACAGAAAUUUACUUAAUAGCAGGAUAAAUUUGCCAUACAAGGCCCUCAACAGGUGUCAAAGUUAUAACUGAGGAAACAAAGUACAGCACCUUGCACAUCAAGAGUGUAGUGAUCAUCAGGGCCCAGGAUAAUUUUGUGGGUCUUGGUACCUCAGUUCAUUACAUAAAAGAUUAAAAUUGAAGGUAGCAUUUGGAACCGGGCAUGACAUCACAGUAUAGCUCAGUGUAGAGUCACAUUUGGUGUGGUGAAGGUGAAGGAGAACUUGGGAAGUGUGGGUGAGCAAGCCGGGACGGCCGCAUGUGUGUGGGCCUGCCAUUCAAGAUUUACCAAAGAACAUUAUGCAGUAUUGAUAAUGUUUUUAAACAUUUGUGUAGAAAUGCUGUUUUUCCUAUGUUGUUAUUCUUCUAUAUAGUAGCUAUAUAUAUACAUACAUAGUUUAUCAGUAUAGAUAUUUUCAUAACAUAGUUUGGAACUGCAUUGUGUAUGUGUACUUUAUAGUUAUUCUGUAAGACAUUAUAUUUGCCAUAAUGUAAAAACACUUAGAUAAGCAAAAUAACCAGAUUUUUAUAUAAGUUUAAAGGUUAAGGCAUAAAUAAGAAUGGUCAAGUCACAUGAAGAGCAGCCACACCUGGUACACUUGGCUUGGUUAGGUUAAGUUGCCUGUCUCUGCCUGUUUGUCUGACAUUGGGUAACCUAACCUAACAUAAAACAUCUCAAGUGCAGCUGGAAUGUCUGUUGAUCCACCUGCCUGUCAGUAUCUGUCAGUUUUCUCUCUUUUACUCUCUGUCUAUCUAUUUAUACCUGUAUCCAUCUGUGGGUAAUGUAAUCAGACCUAACCCAUUUCAAGUAUAGCUUGAGUAUCCAUCUAUAUAUCUAUAUUUUAUCUUUCUCUCCACUUAUCUGUGUAUCUCUGUCUGUCUGAGUAACCAAACCUAGUGCAGUUGGGGUGGCUGAUCUUCAUGGGACCCAAGAUGUCUAUAAAUCAUGUGGUGGUGAUGUGCUGAAGGAGAAACCAGGUGGCAGAUGAGGAUCAAGGCUCAUUAGCAGGGAGUAAGAGAGGAAGGAGAGCAGGGCAGUGUGGGGUGGAACAGGGAGGUCGUGGUUAGGGCUGGGCGUGGCUGAGGGUUCAAGUUGCAAGUGCAGAAAAGAAGUAAUUAAUCAGGAAUGGACCACACUCAAACACUUCAGCAACUUUUCAGGACUUUUUAACCUGCUGUAGUGGAAGUUAUAAGGGUUUUCAAGGACAUUUUCAUGAUCCCAGUAAUAGUUUAACAGUCUAAUAGAAGGUAGUAGGGAUUUGAAGAGUGGUUUCAUGAUUCCAGUGAUGGUGAAAGGUUUUAUAGUUUUCAUGAUUACAUUGUUAUUUAACAGGCUAAUGGAAGUCAUUGAUGUAUUCAGGGAUGGUUUCACGAUUCUUGUGAUAGUUGAAUAGACUCUAGUGAAAGUUCUAGGAGUUUUCAAUCAAGGGUGUUUUCAUGAUUCCAGUGAUAGUUUGGCAAGGGUUAUGUGCCAUCAAUGAGAAAAAUACCUACAAGAACUUUACCAGUUAUCUGUGUGGCCUUUGAAAACAGUCCUUAUGGAAACCCAGAUUGUUCUGAAAUAUGGCUGAUUGCCACCUGUCAUGAUAAGGCAAAAGUUUGUGGGAUGCAGCAUGCCUUUUGUGAAGUGUGGUAAGACAAACCUGUCAGCUUUAUCUCCAUGGGUUACUUAAUUAACAGGAAAGAAAAUUAUAAUAAAUGACAUGUCCAUAAGUGAUAGAAUAGAUACAAGGGGAAAAUAAGUGUAACUCAGGAAAUAGCUUGGUGAGUAGUUGUUGGAAACUUUCAAACAUAAGUUGUUACCAACAUAAACCUGAAAAAAAAGUAAUAAAAGACAAAAUAAAUAGGAAUCAAAAGUGAAGCAAUAAAUCUUCAAUAAUAUAUAUAUAUAUAUAUAUAUAUAUAUAUAUAUAUAUAUAUAUAUAUAUAUAUAUAUAUAUAUAUAUAUAUAUAUAUAUAUAUAUAUUGGAAAAGUGAGGCAACGAAUCUUAAAUAUAUAUUGUGUAUAAAAUAUAUUUAAACAUAUAAUAAUUUUAUAAUGAAAAGUUGCUGUACUGUGCUGAUGUAACAAAAGUCCUAAGUAAAGAAGAAAAAGAUGAGGCAGUACUGUUUCAACAAAAAACAAGUACAGUAAUAACUCAAGAGAUAACAUUGAUGAAAAAGAAAACAUACAAAAUUUUGCCAUAUGUCAAUUUAUGCAAAACUCACAAAUCGGUAACAUUCAUUAUCGAUAAUUUAUAAGUGAAGGCAAAGAUAUGAGCAUUCCAAGCCACUUGUGCUCACCUGUGCUUACCUGCUCAAGGGCUAAUCCUUUCCCAGGUGUAGGCUAGAGUUAGCAUAGCAUGUUAUUUAAUUUUAUAUAUUAGGAUGAGCUAGUGUGUGUGUGUGUGUGUGCGAAAGAUGUUGAUGAGGCUGCAGUGGUGUUGUGAGGAUCUUGAAAUACUGAUGUUUAGUUUACAUUGUCCCUUAACCUCUAUUAUGUCCUCCUCCUCCUCCUCCUCUUUCUCCUCCUCCUCCUCCUCCUCCUCCUCCUCCUCCUCCUCCUCCUCCUCCUCCUCCUCCUCCUCCUCCUCCUCCUCCUCCUCCUCCAGUACAAGGAAACAUAAGUGAAAACACACCCCCAGAAGCAAAUAUUUUGUACAUAAAUUGAGAUGCAGUUGUAUUUUUUUUAUUUAUUUAUUUAUUUUUUAUUUAUUUUUUUUUUUCAAGUGAUGGUGUUCCUUGACAUUUUCAUUAUUUAAUUUCCUUGAUCAGUGGUAACUUUUUUUCAAUAGCCUUUGAUUAUUAUUAUUAUUAUUAUUAUUAUUAUUAUUAUUAUUAUUAUUAUUAUUAUUAUUAUUAUUAUUAUUAUGUGUUUUGUCACAGUCUAACAUGUUCAGUCUAACAUGUUUACGUACUUUAUUAUUAUUAUUAUUAUUAUUGUUAUUAUUAUUAUUAUUAUUAUUAUUAUUAUUAUUAUUAUUAUUAUUAUUGUUAUAUUUGAAUAAUAUUCAGUUUUUUUUUUUUUAUAAUCUGCUCAAGCCUUUUCUUUUAUUAUGUUUAUUAUUAGUAUUCUAAUAUUUGCUUAUUGAUUUAUUCUCGAGACAUUCAACUUCUUUGCCCCCGAUUUUUUUUUUUUUUUUUUUUAUGCUUUUGCUUUUGAUGUUUCCUUUGUGUUCAUUUAUCAUUCUAUUUACUCUUUUUUUUUUUAUUUAUUUUUCUAUUAACUACUUUUUCCUUUUAAAUCUCGAGCAAGUAUUUAUUUAUUUAUUAUUUAUUUGUAUUUUUAUUUGUUUCCUCUCCGAAGCCAUGCACGCAAUAUAAACACAAACCUAACAGCCUUGGUGUCACAUAGUCUGGCUAGGUGCUUGAAACCCAUACAAUGAAACACCAGUAAUUUCUUUUUUUAUUUAUCUAUUACUAUUAUUUUCGUCCCAGUCGCCUUUGUUACUCUAAAAAACACGAGCAACGAUAACCUCUGUUGUAAUAAACUUGUGUACGUAACUUGCAA